AAUUACGAAAAUGCCGUUUAGACGGCUUUAAAACCCCAACAAUACCAAGAGUGACACUCAAAUUAGCGAAUAAUGGCAUUGUCACUGAUCUUUUUAAUUAAUUUGACCCUUGUUUUCGCCACUUGUCCAGAAAAGGCAACGCUCGAAGACAUUACUACCUUCCCCGAAAUUGGUCAGAUCGAUAGCCAACAUGUCUUUGUGAAUUGGACCAGACUUUGGCCAGAAGUCUCUUGGACAAACUGCUUCUCAUCGGCAGUGAUUGUCAUCAACGGUCGUGAUGUUGUGGAUGUGCAAGAUUUGUCUGUUAAGGUACAAUCAUUAGAGGUGGAGCCGUGCCAAGAGAUCAGAGUUAUAAUUGAGGUUACGCUGAUGGAGACCAACGAUGAUAUCGAGUCAAUGCCAAGUGAGCGUGAUUUUCAGACCUUCCGAAGUCCCAAGGGCAGAGUGCUAUCCCUAGACUCUGCUGAAAGCGAUCAAAUUGUCAAGUACAAAGAUCAUUGGAAUGGCACCUUGGACCUCUCGACCAUCUUGAUCGAAACUUAUUUUCGUCAAGUUAUCGAGGAUCCCCAGUGCCAUCGAAUAGCGCAAGUGGAGCUUCGAUAUCGAGUGGUUGGAACGGACCUUUGGAAUAUUGUCAAAUCAAUGGAUAUCUUUAAUAAGUUAAAGGAAGAGAUAACUGGCUUGGAUAUUUGUUUCGAAUAUGAAGUGGCGCUGGAACUGAUUGGGACAACAGGAACGGAAUCCACCACGGUGAAUUUGGGUCGCAUUGGUCCUCCCAGCAACGAUGUCAUCAAAAGUGCAAUGGCGUCGGGGUUUAGUUAUGAGCCCCCUUCAGCCCAAGACAUCAGUGCAUCCGAGAUCUUUGCAACUUCCACUGUGCUCCGUUGGACCAUGCCCAAUUCAUGCUUUCAUGGUGUAAACGUGUCUUUGGUGUCAUCGUUCUCGGGUCAACUUGUUCAAGAGAGGGAUGAGGCAGGUCGUUCAUCAGCGCUUAGCCCGGUCGUUGCGAGCCAGACAGUAAUGACAACCUCAUUGGAAGAUCUCACUCCUUGCCAGGAUUACACUGUCUUACUCGAGUCAUAUUUCACUGUUGACCUGGGGGAGGGGCUCUUUUAUAGGUCAGCGCCUAAUAGUUUACCUGAAAUUCAGUUCAUCACCCGACCAGAUUUUUCUGACGAACAUACCCAAUUUGCCAUAACCAGCCUGAGGAGUAAACGUAGAGGAAGCUCAAUGAGUCUAUCCUGGAGGAAAAGUGAAUGGCCAUGCCUUGGGCCAAAACAUUACAACGUCUGGAUUUGCUCAAAACAGUCCACGAAUCAGAGCUCAUCCCCAUGGUCCGAUGCAAAAUCAUCAGAGUCUCUUUUUGAAGAGGUGGAGGAAGACGACGGCGAUGAUGAUGAUGAUCAUCAUGAUGACGAAGAAGAAGAAGAAGGGGAGGACGAGGAUGAGAAUGAGAUCGGAGAUGGGCAAGAAAGGAAGGAGGAGAAGUGUCUAGAAAGUCAAGAGAUCAUUUCAGACGGAAAGAACAUGGCGGUCAAGUUUCAAGGCGUAGACACAUGCAACACUCUGAAGAUUCGGAUAGGGGUUAACAUGAAGGAUGAGUUGACGGAUGAAGCCGAAAGUACCAAUCUUCCUGAAUAUAUGGACAUUGACACAUCGGUUGAGUUGGACCAAUCAAAAUGGACAUUUGAGACGGUCUUGGUGUCUAAGAAGUCGGUUGAGGCUCCCAAAGGAUUGACUCUGUUUUCAGUAUCAGAUCACACGGUCACAAUCCGCUGGCGUGUGGAUUCUUGCGCCACGUCAUAUCUGGUUUCCUUGUCAACCGGCUCCAAGAGUUGGAAAGGCGAAUUUGGAGCCAAAACUUCACAUUUGUUAGCGGCCAAUCAGGUUCAUAAAGUACUCAUGGACGUCAUGGACGGAUCCACGAGCGAAGACAACAUGUCAGCUAAUGAUUCGGACACCAGUUUAUACGAUUCAAGUUCAUAUGAAGACGACGAAGCCCACGAAGUUCUAGCUCGCAAGAAAAGAGAUUUUUCGGAACAAAUGCUUGCGUAUGAUUAUGAAGCAGAUUUGAUAGCAGAAAACCCACAUAUGCAAGGGUCAAGCUUCACUCAAGAUAAUUCUAUAACAUCCUUGGAUGUGGAUGAUGAAGACUACUCCGAUGAAGAAGGAUCUGGAUCUGGAUCUGGAUCUGGAUCUGGAUCUGGAGAUGAUGCCCCAGUGGAAGAUUUGACGAAGGCAGAGAACCUAUCCAAACACAUCAUUGUUGAUGAUGACAAUCCCAUAAUGGCUGAAUUCAAAAUUCAAGACCUCCAACCGUGCACGGACUACGUGAUUCAAGUGAUGAAUUUUUACACCAUUGAUGGGAAUGACAUAUUUGGCCCACCAUCCAAAAUACAGGCCCAAACUCAAUGUCCCGAAGGGGAACCCGCCACAACAGUAGGCCCAUUUUCCAGUACGUCUAUCUCCAUUCAACCAGAAGAAACCACAUUCGAAGCUCAUGCGGAUGAAACCACAUACUCCCCAUUGAUCGGUGAAACUACUGAUGACAAUCCAGUCCAAGUUACCACAACUAAAACUCCUUUUGAAGACCCAUCCAUCACCACAAUGAAUAGCCCCACAACCACAAUUCAAACCACUCCGACGUAUGAAAUUACCACUAGUUGGGAAUAUCUUCUAGAAGACAGUUUGGACAGUACCACAGAAUUAGAAGCAACAAUUACAGCAACCACCACCACUACUACCACCACCACCACUUCCAGUACUACAACAAGCACCCCAACUACAACCACAAAACCCAUGAUCCCUUUCAUUGGAUUCGAAGUUUCUGAAAAUUCUAACGGAACGUUUUCGGUAGUUUGGGAACAAGCCACUGACAUCCAAGCAGAGCUUGAGAUUCAAAGUACAAAUGGAACCAAUGCUAUAUACAAGUUUGAAAGGAGCUCUAACCCCGGCACUUAUUUGCGGCAAGAGCAGGCCUUGAAUUUGCAACCUUGCUCGAUAUAUUAUAUUAUCCUCUACGAGCGUAACUCUGACGGUGAAGUUACUGAGUUCUGGCGUCAUACCGUUCAAGUCACUCCUAAUCCUGAUUUAGAGUUCGAACUGGCCAGUCCACAAAUCGUAGUGAGUAAAAACGUAAGCUCGGGCAAAGGAAACGUCAGAUUUGAAUGGACUCAUUCACAAGAUUGCAUCAAGGCCUACGUGAUCACCUUAUCCCAAGACGACCUCUUUGGUAUCACUGAGGUAGAACCAAAAGCAAUAGGCGAGAGCAUUUCAAUUGAUUUGCAUAUGAUGCCUGGAAAUCUGACCCUGAAGAAUUGUCACAAAUAUCUAUUGACAAUUCAGCCCCAGACCGAAGCAGAAAUUGAGGAGGGAGCCUUAUGGCAGAAAGGUUACUCCAAACCCUUUCGGUACAUGUUAGCGGAUGAUGGAGCCCCCAAUGAUGUUCAAGAUAAGAUUUCAAUCACACCAACGUCGUUUCAAAUUGAGCUGAGUUGGCCCGAACCCCUUUCCUGCAAAGAAAUGACCCUGUCCGUGGCUAGCAAUCGUCAUAUUUACAACGACCAUGGCCACACGCAAUUCAUUCAUGCCACAGACAUCCCCAUCUUCUCGGAGCGCUACAUCAUUUCCGAUCUGCGGCCUUGCUUUGACUACAAACUGAUUCUUUCUGUGGACGAUGGAAUCCUGUUGGAUAAAACAAUCAGCACUAUAAAGAAUGAAACAGUGGUGGAAGAGCUUAAUGCACAAGAGGUUGCUAUUUGGAAGGAAGACCAAGAUCCAACUCAAGUCAAAGUCGAAUGGGCCUCACGAUGUGUAGAGACAUUCUCAUUCGAAUAUUGUCGAUUUCCCACCGGGUGCAUUAAAGAGACGGGCAGGGUAACCCGUGGGGUGGCCCUAAUCGAUUUAUCAGUUUUGCCGAGCAUUACACUUGAGGCCCUGAUCCCAUGUCAAAUGUAUCGCUUUGAGAUUGACACCUCACUCAUCGGUCAAAUCUAUGAGGGGAAUUUCACGACCCAUUUCUCCGACGGACUUGCAUUCGAUUUUCCAGAAUUUCACUUUGAGUUCAGGAAUGAUCCAAUCCACGUCACUUGGGAACAUGUCUAUCCUUGCGUGGACAAAUAUGACAUUAAUUUGACUUCUAGCAACGGUACAACUCUAUUAUCUACAAAAAUUCAACCAGACACUCUGGGAUCCAUUAGCUUUGACCUUUCCAUAAACCUAGACGAGAGUGGGUCACAACUCGAUCAAUGUAGCAACUACACUCUACAAAUAAUUCCAAGAUUAACAGCAAACUAUUCCAGCACUACUUGGGAAAGUCGAAGUAUGCGACAAGUGGAAUUUCUAUUUCUCUCUGAAACGCCCAUUCCGACUAGAAUUUCUCAUCUGGUCAAUGAGAGUGGUGCCCAUAUUUCUUGGCCGGGUUCAUCAUGCUUGAGUGCCUAUAUUUUAGUGCUAACCGAUGCACAUGGGAACAAAUUAGUCAACAAAACGUUGGCAGACAACUCAACCUCAAUUCCAAUGAACGCUUUGAAACAUUGCACUCAAUACCAUAUCAAAAUAUGGAGCAUAUCGGAAUUGGGAAAGUCGGAUGAUCAUGCCUCUUCCGAAUUCAUGACAGAUCACCCGGAUGAGAUCCUUCUUCAUCACAAUGCUUCUUACGAGUCGAUUGAGGUUCGAGCCGAGCUCCAUGGCAUGGAUUGCGUGGAUCACUACAAGGUGUUUCUUUGUUCCGUGGAAAAAGUGCAAUGUUGGGAUCAGUCGCUAUCCUCAGAUCAAGAAAACAUGGUGGUCUUUGAAAAUCUGACUGAGGGUUCUCCGUUGGUGAUUCAAUUGGUGGGAUACAACACCAGAGGCCAGGAGUUGUAUUUCUCUUCAGAGAAGGUGGUUGAAACCCGACAUCGCAUCAAGGCCACUUUGAAAGAGGGACAAGUUACGGAACAUUCAGUCCAAUUUACCGUAGAAUCCUCCUUUUUUGAAUCAGGACUCGACUCCCGGCUUGAGUGGUGGGUGGAGGUGUCUUGCUCUCACAAAGACGAAACUUUGAUCAGCAAAGGGGCUCAUAAGACAAUCAAAUUCACGGAUUUGGAUCCUUUUACUAUGGUCUUAUGCUCGGGAACAUUUUAUACCGAACAAGAAGAGGAAGAUAUGGGAUCAGUUUGGAUCAAAACAAACCAAGCUGCCCCUAGCUCUCCCCAGGAUUUGAGGAUCGAGCUCGUCAAUUCCACUCAGAUCGUGAUUCAAUGGAAUGGCCCUCAAUCAGUUCCUGGGAUAAUCGAAGACUAUGAAUUGACUUACAACUACGAAUGCAAACCAGACUCUUCGUGCGCCGAUAAAGAAUGUGGCCGACAGAAUAAUCAUACCAUCCAAGGAGAUCAAUCUUUUUUGCAAUUGACUGUGAAACCAUUUCGAAGCUAUGUUUUUGAUGUAAGUGCCAAAACAAAACACCCGAGUAGGGGUCCGAACCAUGGACCAAUCACUUUUGAGACGCCCAGUGGCCAACCUGCACCCGCUACGCUUAGGAAGCUCGAGAAACUAUCGAGCGAUUCUGUCCUCAUCGAGUUUGAAGAGGGCUGUCCGAUUAAUGGGGAAGUUGGGCACGAGGUACAAUGGCUUUGUAAUGGUUGCAAAAUGCCUCCCCAACCCUCGGUGAAGAUCCAUCACGAUUUGUCAGUGGAGGUCUCGAAUCUUCAAGGAGGUUAUUUUUAUGAUUUUUGGAUUGAAUCCAGCACUCGAGACUGUGCUGAUAGUAAUUGCACGGCUUCCAGCGAAGCCAAAGUCGUUUAUCUUGAUUGCGAAUAUCAAUGCCGCGAUGGAACCUGCAUCAAUCGAGGUUGGAAGAUCAAAUGUGACUUUGUUCGCGAUUGCCCUGAUGGAAGUGACGAGGAGGGAUGCACUUGCGAUCCACCGUUCAAAUUCGAAUGUAGCAACAAACAUUGCGUUGAGUCGUGGCGACGAUGCGACGGGAACGCGGAUUGCAACGAUUUUUCCGAUGAAGCCAAUUGUCCCACUUGCCACGACAACCAGUUUCGAUGCGAGGGAACCCAAGAAUGUAUUGCUAAAAACAUGACUUGCGAUCGAAUGGUUCAAUGUCGCGAUGGAUCAGAUGAGAAAGGAUGUGCAUACUGGACCUCCAGUUGUUGGCCUGAUAAAUUCAGGUGCUUGGACCACACCUGUAUAGAUAUUCGACAUCGAUGCGAUGGGAUCUGGGAUUGCGUCAAUGGAGAGGAUGAGCUUUCGUGCAACACCAUUUGUGACAAGGUCGACGAGUUUGCUUGUAAGAACAGAGAGUGCAUCCCACAUGGCCAGUACUGCAAUGGACAGAAAGAUUGCUCGGAUGGGACCGACGAGCUCUUUGAGUGCCACUGCCAUAAAAAUGGACAAUUCGCUUGCGUGUCCGGCAAUGAGUGUGUACCAAGGCUCAAAGUUUGUGAUGCGACGUUAGAUUGCUCCGAUGGAUCUGAUGAAAGAGGCUGUGGAGCCAAAAAAUCAUCGUUGCCAACCAAUCCUGUUAAGUCUCCGGUCAAUCUCGACGCUGAGAGUGUCUUUGGGACGAGACAUGAGAUCAGCAAUGAAAACGGACCAGACACGGUUCUAGCUGAUGCACUAGAAUUUGCUGAACAAGCACAACAGGACAGUGCAGAAAAUGCUUUCGUGGACUACUCCGAGAUACGGCCGCUUUUCCAGCCAUCCUUUUACGAGACUGGCUUUGAAUCAGCCAAUCAGGUUAAGGAGAAGUCGAAGUAUAACCUCAAGGUAUAUCCUCAAGUGCAAGAGGUUUAUGAAGGCCAUGAUGUGGUAUUGCAAUGUAGAGAUGAAGGCGAUCUCAGGGCCCCAGUCGUUUGGAAGAGGCCCAACGGGAAAUCUCUGCCCAAGCCAUCCCACCAGGAAUUUGGCAGAUUGGAGAUAACGUCAAUCUUCCGUUUUCAAGAGGGAUCUUACUUGUGUGUUGUGGAAAAUGACCCGAACCAUUCAGAGGGCCAAGCUAAGGCCGAGGUGAAGGUUGUAACCUAUCCUGCUCGCAGUCAAAAUGCUCUGUGACCAAUCCAUUUUCAAUUUUUCAUGGCUACAUUCAAAUAAAUUGUGGAGUAGGUUUUUA